AUGCCGUACUGGUUCGCUUGCCCACGCUCUCCCACGUUAACCACACAUCCCCUCGUCGCAAUUGCUAGUAGUAAACAUACCGCGCUUCAGAUCGUCACCCGCGCUCCCCUCAUCACCCUCGUCGACCCACACCGAUCCUCGCCGCCCUCACCUCCCUUGGUCAUCGACAUUCCCUCUCGUCGCUCGCGCUUCCCCUCAUCACCCGUGCUGAGCCUCGCCGCCCUCGCCUCCCCUCGUCGCCCGCGCGUCCCGUCGUCGGGCUUGCCUCCCAGUCACUCGCGCUUCCCCUCGUCAUCCGUGUUUCCAUCCGCUCUUCCCCUCUCCCCAUCUCACUAUCUCCAGCCCAUCCUUCCUCCCUCAUUCCUUCCAAAGGGGUGGGACAGAUGGGGAGAAACAGAGGUGGUCGCUUCCGCCACCACAAUCGAACAGCGUUUUGAUUCCCUCUCUGCUCCCCACCAUCCUCCCCCCAGCUCUCUCCCCGGCAUCUGCCCCCGUUCCCCCCAUCCUCUUCCCUGUUUCCCCGUAUCCCCUGCCGUGCUUCCCCCCAUGCUAUCCCCUCUUACCCCGUAUCCCCUGCCCUGCUUCCCCCCUUCCCCUUCCCUGCUUCCCCCCAUCCCCUUCCCUAAUUCCCCCCAUCCCCUUCCUUGCUUCCCCUCAUCCCCUUCCCUGCUUUCCCCCAUCCCCCUCCCUGCUUCCCCCCAUCCCCUUCCCUGCUUCCCCCCUUCUCUUUCCCUGCUUCACCCCAUCCCCUCCCCUGCUUCCCCCCAUCCCGUCCCGUGCUUCCCCCCAUCCCCUUCCCUGCUUCCCCCCAUCCCCUUCCAUGCUUCACCCCAUCCCCUUCCCUGCUUCCCCCCAUCCCCUUCCCUGCUUCCCCCCAUCCCCUUUCCUGCUUCACCCCAUCCCCUUCCCUGCUUCCCCCCAUCCCCUCCCCUGCUUCCCCCCAUCCCCCUCCCUGCUUCCCCCCAUCCCCUUCCCUGCUUCCCCCCUUCCCUUUCCCUGCUUCACCCCAUCCCCUUCCCUGCUUCCCCCCAUCCCCUUCCAUGCUUCACCCCAUCCCCUUCCCUGCUUCCCCCCAUCCCCUUCCCUGCUUCCCCCCAUCCCCUUUCCUGCUUCACCCCAUCCCCUUCCCUGCUUCCCCCCAUCCCCUCCCCUGCUUCCCCCCAUCCCCCUCCCUGCUUCCCCCCAUCACCUUCCCUGCUUCCCCCCAUCCCCUCCCCUGCUUCCCCCCAUCCCCCUCCCUGUUUCCCCCCAUCCCCUUCCCUUCUUCCCCCCAUCCCCUCCCCUGCUUUCCCCCAUCCCCUGCCCUACUUCCCCCCAUCCCCCUCCCCGCUUCCCCCCAUCCCCUUCCCUGCUUUCCCCCAUCCCCUGCCUUGCUUCCCCCCAUCCCCCUCCCUGCUUCCCCCCUUCACCUUCCCUGUUUUCCCCCAUCCUCUCCCCUGCUUCCCCCCAUCCCCCUCCCUGUUUCCCCCCAUCCCCUUCCCUCCUUCCCCCAUCCCCUUCCCUGCUUCCCCCCAUCCCCUUCCCUCCUUCCCCCCCUGCUGCCUCCCAUCACUCUCAUUCUCCUUCCUCCUGCACUCACACCUCUCAGUCCUCUCGCUCUCUCUCUCUCCGUCCUCUCGCACUCGCACUCUCCUCCCCACCACCCUCAGCCCUCCUUCCCCUCACACCCACCCCUGUUCCCACCUGCCCUCCCCAUCCCUGCCUUUCCCUCCCUGCCCUGCCCUUCCCUUCUCCAUCCCUUCUCAACCCUUCCCUUUCAUGUCAUCCCCUCCCCUUCCCCCUCAUCUUCCGCCCUCCAGUUACCAUGCAUGUGCACCCAUCAUUGUCUCCCCAUACCGGUACAUGCUUUCAUCAUGUGCGCUUGCUUGUGUUCCCCUGCAGUUGUUCCCUUGGCACCUCACACCACUUCCCCCAUGUUCCAUCACACAAUUCUUUUUGCCUACUCCACUCUCCAAAUUUUCAGUGGUGAAGCACAGGAGCAAGCUGAGGCGCAGCUAG